AUGUCUCCCCUAGAUAAACCUGGACCUAAAAAGUCGCCAGAUGACUACUCAAACGAUGAUAGUGACGCUGCAACCCUCUAUUCUCCGGACAACGUCCCUUCGAUGAUGUAUGUGCCACAAGAGGGUCUGCUUACUACAAAUGCGAACACUCUCUUCGAUGGUGAUCUAGGCAACAGUCUGUCUUCAGGUUCUGGUAGCUCUUCGAAACUGCGCAAGCCUCGUCAAUCGAGUAUGAGCAGCCCAGCUUUCCAGGCAUCGCUCAAACAGAUGUACUUCAAUGAGAACAGAGCGUCCUUGGACCAGGCAAUCCACCAUACCAUUGAUCUUUUGUGUGAGCUCGUUCAGGAGAACAAGGUCAGGCCGAUUUUUUUCCCUACCGAAAGUGGUGACGCUGAGAAUGUCUUGCUCAAUUCUCCACAGGCCCACUUGGCGCUCGUAAGAAAUAAGCUGCUGGACCGCAAAGUUGUCCAGAAGACUGUAGAAAAGGCUCCGCUCGACUCGCUUCUAGCCCCACUGGACUUCAAAGUGUUGAAAUUAGGCUUGCAGAUGGGUCACAACAAGGACAUUCUUACAUCAUUGGACAAGAAGACCAUCUCGACUUUGCUCGACCAAAAACUCUCCCUGCAAAUCAAAUACCUAAUGAACUUGAAGGAUAGGGUCGAUGAUACCUCCUCCAAAGUUUUUGUAACUGGAGAUUUGAAUGCAGGUAAAUCUACGUUCUGCAAUGCAUUGUUAAGACGCAAGGUGCUUCCUGAAGAUCAGCAACCAUGCACAUCUAUCUUCUGCGAGGUCAUUGAUGCCAAAACCGAAAAUAAAGGAAUCGAAGAGGUACAUGCUAUUCCUAUUGGUUGUGAGUACAAUCAGCGUGAUGAGUCCUCCUAUGAGAGACACCCUAUCAGUAAACUUGAAGACCUUGUCUACGAGUGCGAUAAAUAUAGCCUUCUCAAGGUCUAUGUGCUAGAUUAUCGUAGCGCCGAGCAAAGCUUACUAGGAAAUGGGGUAAUUGACAUUCGCCUUAUCGAUGCGCCUGGUUUAAACAUGGACUCUUAUCAAACAACACAAGUGUUUUCACGCCAAGAAGAGAUUGAUUUGGUGGUUUUCGUUGUCAAUGCUGAAAACCAUUUUACUUUGUCAGCAAAAGAAUUCAUUGCUGCUGCUGCUGCAGAGAAGAGAUAUGUCUUUAUUGUUGUGAACCGUUUUGACAACAUUCGUGACAAGGAGAAAUGCAAAGCCAAGAUUCUUGCCCAAGUGAAAAAUCUAUCUCCUGACACGCACAAGAACGCGGCCGACUUUGUUCACUUUGUUAGUUCCUCUGAUGCACUUCUGCAUCCAGGAGGCGGUGACGGUCCAGGCGAUAACGAUCCUGAUGGCAACUACCCCGAGUUUGCUGAUCCAAAUUUCGACCAUUUGGAUGCAGCUCUUCGCCGAUUCAUUUUGGAUAAAAGAUCCAUUUCAAAGCUUCUUCCAGCCAAGAACUAUCUUUUAAAUUUGCUAGGAGAUCUAAAAUCCUUGUCAGAGGUGAACAAGAGAAUUUAUGUUCAGGAGCAAGACCGCAUGAAAGGCGUGCUCAACAAAACGAUUGGUCCAAAGUUCGAUAGAAUGGUUCAGGAGUCGCUUUCUGUUGGAGAUAGAAUUCAUCGAAUGAUCGAGAAGACUGCCACUCUGGUUUAUGACAAUACCAGAACAGAAAUUUUGGACACAGUGGAAAACUUCGGUUCCGAGCAAGUUGUUCCUUACUCUGGAUUGCAAUAUGCUUACGAGUAUGCCAAAGAAACGCAGAGGAAGAUGAUCGAUACCAUUGUUCUGUCAGUCCAAAUGAGCGAAGAGCGUGCAAAAAUCUCUACGGAAGAAGCAGUGAAUGACAUCAUCAAGUUGGGCAAGUCUACCUUAGGCGAUGAAUUCCUCACGGAUAAGACGUUUAAGCCAGAUCUCAUGUUCACCAGAAAAAGGGAUCACAUUAAAAGAAGCUUGGAUGACCUGGUUGAUUUCAUGGAUUUUUUCGAUCCAUCUCUUGAGUCUGUUCUUAUGUGGCUCGGUAUUCCGAAAGACUUUAUAUCCGGAGUCUCAGACCAGUUGUCAUUCAUCUCUCCAGCUGGACUUAUCAGCCAUAUUCCCACUUCCGUUAAUUCUAUCAGAGAAGUUGUUCCUCAACAGCUCACAUUACAAACUGUCUAUGCGUCAACUAAAGUUAUAACAACGGGUGCUUUAUUGAGUAAAGCAUAUUCAUUAUCGACUAUUGUCAAACCCAGUGUUGCCAAACAUGCUAUCAUGCCUAUCAUUUUGGGUGCUGGUGGCUUUACCCUCUUGUACUUAAUCAGCGAUAUUCCAAAUGCCUAUCCAAGGAAGCAAGCACGCAAAUUGAAGAAGCAGGUCAUGAAGUUGGACUAUGCUCAUGUCAAUGCAGACAGAAUUUCUAGAGAAUGCCGUCUGGUCUUGAACUACCCCUCCAGACAAGUUAUGAACAAUUUCCAGACGAGUCUUGACAAGAGAAGUGUGGAGAAAGAAAACCUAGAGAAGGAAAUGAAAAAUGCCGAGCUUAGCUCGAAAUAUUUCAGUGACAUGCUCGAAAAAAUCAAUAUCAGAGUCAGCUUCGUGGAAGAGAUCGACCUCGAGAGUAUUUAUUCUGUGGAGUAA